AUGCUCGGGGCCAGUUGGCUGGCAGCUCAAACCUCCGCCCACGGCGGAUGCUUAAACUACACCGUCGGCGACACGUGGUAUCCAGGAUAUUCCCCCUUCGACGAUCAAACCUUUCAGGACGCUGCUCCAUGGAUGGUCCAAAGAAAAUGGAUCACCAACGACCCCAUCUUCGAAACCACCAACAUCUCCCUCUCCUGCAACACCCCCGGCACCCCCGCCCGCUCCUCCAUCCCCAUCCUCCCCGGCCAGAACAUCACCGCCGUCUACAUGUACUGGGUACACACCGUCGGCCCCAUGAUCGCCUGGAUGGCGCGCUGUACCAACGACGAUUGUCACACGUUUGACUCCUCAACGGCGGACUGGUUCAAGAUAGGAGAGCGGGGGUUGCAGGAUGGGACUAUCGAGCUGGGAAACUGGUUCCAGAAGACGUUCUCGAACUGGGAUGGGAGUCCGAGUUUGUGGAGUGAGACUGUGCCAAGGGGGUUGAAGAAGGGGAAGUAUCUGGUUAGGCAUGAGAUUAUUAGUUUGCAUAGUGCUAAUAAGCCGCAAUUCUAUCCGGAGUGUGCGCAUCUGGAUGUGGGGGGUGAGGGGAGUGCGGAGCCGGGUGAGGAGUACCUGGUGAAGAUUCCGGGGGUGUGGAGCAUGAAUCAGCCGGAGAUUAACAUUGAUAUCUAUGCGCCAAAUGUGUCGAAUAGGACUACUUACACAAUUCCGGGGCCGCCGGUGUGGAGUGGAGUUUAG